UGCACUCCUCUGCAAAUGGAAUCCGCUGUGCAAUGCUUUCGAUGCCAGGCUAUUAGCGAUGCUAUGCAACGCUGGCAAUAUGAGUACAAUAAUUCAUUCAGAGUUGAGUUAGGCACUUUUGGCGAGCUCGAAAGCGAUUCAAGCUGCAAAACUUGUCAAGCUAUUGCCGAGUACUUUCGCACGGAAGAGGACCCCUCGUCAUCAUACCGUCUCUAUUUUGGCAGACUGGUACACAAGCAGCGCUUCUGGAUUCGCCUGACGAUCGAUGAUCCAGGGGACGGAGACUACGGUGCCGGUGCUCUUGAACUAAUACCUCCUCCUACUUUGGAUCCGACUCUAGGCCAUUACGUGGAGCUGGAUCCUUAUUGGAUAGACAUUUCGAGAAUCUAUCGCUGGCCGGCUUCUUGUGACAUUGAGCACCAGGGCGUCUGUCACACGUUCCCUGCUUGGAAAACGUUGGAUCGUCCGCCAGUCUUGAUUCUCAUUGAUGUGGAGUCAUGGCGACUAAGUUUAGUGAAGCCGGUACAGUAUAUAGCGCUUAGCUAUGUCUGGGGUAGAAUACCUAAUGUCCUUGAAACUACGAAAGCGAACUUUCAAGAUCUUCAGCAGCCCGGUGCGCUGGCCUCCCCCGACCUUCUUGCGCGGCUACCGAGAACUGUUCGCGAUGCUAUUGUUCUGACGAAAGCUAUGAGCCAGCGCUACCUCUGGGUGGAUAGAUUGUGUAUAGUCCAAGACGAUUUCGAGAACAAGAAGGAGCAACUCGACAACAUGGCGUCAAUAUACGCAAGGUCAUAUUUCACCAUUGUUGCAGCAGACGGCUCUGAUGCAGACUAUGGACUUCGAGGCGUCCCUGGUACAGCUUCCCCACGGUCAUGCAGACAGCAGAUGUAUCACUUUUCCAAGCAAUGUUCAAUGAUGAAAGCACCUAUACCCGAGGAAAAGCUUGACACUAAGGACUGGCACAGACGAGGCUGGACAUUCCAAGAGCGGACGCUCUCGAAUCGAAACCUGGUGUUCUUCCAAGAUCAAGUAUUCUGGGAAUGCCGGAGCUCAGUUUGGAUCGAAGACAUUGCUGACAUUCCUGAGGGAGCCAAUCCAUUAAAAAUAUCAAAGCGCAAACGAGCAGAUCGUCAUGACCUUCAAUUCCUCAAGUGGCCAGACCUCCAUCAGUACGCCAAUCUUGUGCAACGAUACAACUACAGAUUACUCAGCUUCCACUCCGACGCAUUGAACGCCUUCUCAGCUGUACUACAGGUUUUGAGUCGGUCUUUCCCAGGAGGAUUUCUAUACGGGCUACCAGAAUUCUUCUUUGACUUCGCUCUUCUCUGGAUACCGAUAUUUCCCCAGAAGCAGCGUAAACAUCAGUUUCCAAGUUGGUCUUGGCUUAGUUAUGAAGGCGACAUGUCAUUCAUGUAUUUCACCAAAUGUGAUAAACUCGUUUUCAAUUCAACCAUCGGAAGCUUGAUGCUGGCCCCGGGCGUUGAACUUUAUCCGAUGGUAGAUUGGUACAAAACCUCCGAGACAACGGGCCAAAAACAUCGCAUUGACAACUCGUAUUACCGAUAUCAGAAAAUGAGAAAUGACUACACCCAGCCGUUACCACCCGGAUGGUCGAGGCAUAUCUAUCACCAAUCUCACCCUGAUAUAAGGAGCGACCAGGAGGAUGUUGUAUACUUUCGGCAUGCUGAGGCGUGGGGAGAACGGUUCAUAUACCCUGUUCCCAUGCCUGAUGAGCCACUGGUACCUAAAGUAGACUCAUGGGGCGCUGAGCUAACCUUCACCACAGUUCGGCGCUAUCUAGUACUUGGUCCCGAAAUGAAGGGGCAUAUUGAAAGUGGCGGGCAUGGUUGGAGUAACUACUGGAACGCCGAAGUAGCUGGCUGCAUAACCUUUUCUCUUCUUGACGAUGCAGGCAAUUGGGUUGGCAUGAUACGCUCCAAUACUAGCGGCGAAGGAGACGCCCUGAUCGGAGAAAACUGCGAGAUUAUUGUUACCUCCUCUGGUGUUGCUUAUGAGGACUCAUGGGGGAAUGCCAGCCUCCGGUUCAUGGAAUUAGUGGUGCGAGAAGAAUUGAAGGACACCAUGGUCUAUGAGUUCUAUAAUGUUUUGUGGAUCAAACGAGAACAUCAAGUUGCGUACAGGAAAGGAGCUGGACGAGUAUGGAAACCUACUUGGGAGAAAGAGCACUCUGAGAGGGCGGACAUCGUGCUAGGAUAGUUUGUGAUUUCCGACUAGUCGCUGGUCCCGAAAGCGUCCAUGUUACAGCAGCUGGAGGGUUAGAGGAAGGGAGAGAAGGGAAAGAGCAGUAGAAGAAUGAAGAGCGUUGGUGAGUUAGGCGAAUCAG